GCCCGCUGCUGGCGCCCAGGCGAAGCGAGCGGCACGCAAAAUCCCCACAUCGACCCGACCGAACCUGGAGCUGCUCAGUGUGCUUGCUCAAUGCUCAAUCAGUGCUGUACUGGGACCGGGACUAAGAAGCUUCUCGCUCUCGCUCGCACCAGCACUUGCAGCACUUGCAGCACUUCCAGUUAGCACGCUCCAGCCUGCCCAGCCCAGCCCCAGCCCAGGAAAGCAAGAGAGCAAGAAAGGCCAGAAGCUCGGCCGAGCAAGGGCGUGAGCAGGAUCCCACUAGACCGGGCCCCCGCUGGCUCCCCAAAUAAACCUCCCUCUGUCGCAACAGCCUGCCUGACGUUCCACCACAAUGGUUCCGUCAAGAUGGAGGCUCAAAGCCUGUCGACCUGCAAUCAAUGUGGCAAGAAGUUCCAGCGCAAGGCCCAUCUGCUGCGGCACCAGCAGCAGCACUCCGGAGAUCGCCCGUACAGCUGUAAAUUCUGCUCCAAGACCUUCAAACGCAGCGAUGUGCUGCGAGACCAUUUCAGUCGCUGCGAGCGUCGUGGAAACUCCGCGAUCCCGAGUUCGCUGGAGAGAGGACGCAAGCGUCAUGCCUGCGAUGAGUGCUCGAGGCUGAAGGUCAAGUGCGACAAUAAUGUACCCUGCCGGAAGUGCACCGAGUUUGGCAGGAAGUGUGUCAAGAGCAGGACGACAGCCGCUUCGAGUCCUGAGGAAACGACAACGCCUGGCCCGUCGACUCCGGACACUGGCUCGGAUCGCAACUCAAUUGGUUUUCUGCUGAAUGGCACGGGGGAGACGGACUUCAUGCGCGAGUUCCCGAAGAGCACGACGUUGAGCCCGCAUAAUAAGGCGGCGGAUUUUGCGUCCAUGGCUGUGGAUGCGCGGUAUGAACCAGGGGGGGUUGCCCCCUCGAUGUAUCAAGGGUAUAGGCAAGCGACUCAGGAGCACAAUCUGGAUAUUAUGUUCAGUCACCUAGAAUUCACCACCUUUGAGCAAAGGACGAACAACUGGCAGAUGCCCGGAGAGAAUAUAAUGUUAGGAUCUGGACCCGAUGACUUGUUUGUGGACAGGGCAGCAAUGGACCAGAGGGCUUUUGAUAUCAGAGAAAAGUUGAAAUAUACGGCAGCAACUCAGAAUCCGCCUCACCCGCCGUCAAAAGGUUUACUAGACGCCAUUGAGCUGAUCACGGUGGACAAUUUUGCAGCAUAUGUUAAGUUAUAUUUCCGGCAUUGGCAUAAACACGCUCCCAUGGUCCACGAAGCUACUUUCAAUCCGACCACAGCUGCUUUACCUCUUGUUUUGGCGUUGAUGAGUCUUGGAGGGAUGUAUUCCAAAGAAGCAGGAGAUGUGUUGAAGCUCAAAAUGCUCCUAGAUACUAUCGAAGGGUACAUUUUUUCGAUUCCAGGCCUGAACGACGAGUAUGAAUUACCAGGCCGAAGAUACGUUAAACAGGGAGAAGACGCAUCCCCUGAAUGGCAACAAUACCAGUUAGAAGAGUUACAAGGCGUUUAUUUAAUGGUUGUCCUACAAUACUGGACUGGAAACGACACAGCGCGAAUUCGAGUCCGCCAACAAAGAUUUUGCCGAGUCGUAGCUAUAUUUCAUCACCUAGAACUCCAAACUGUACAGCAUUCCCCGACACUCGAAAUAAAAGACCAAGCUUCAUUCCAAACCUGGAUCCGAAAAGAGUCCUUCAUCCGCCUCAUAACCAUGGCCCUAAUGCUCGACAGCUCCUUCGGCAUCUUCCACAACGUCUCCCCACGCUUCCAAUGGGCAGAGCUCGACGUCCCUUUCCAAUCCGACGACCACUUCUUCCGUCUCGCGAACUACGACGCCGUGCUCGCGUCAAAGCGGGUCCCGCUACGAAGAAUGAAGAUCAAAGAUGCGUUUCUGCUCUUGUUUAGUCCGCCGGAGACAGUGGAAAGGGAUUUGGAAAUAUUGAGGAGUGAUAAAUUGAAUGCGCUGGAUAUGCAGAUGUUGAUUCAUUUCCUCUACACGCACCUCUGGGCCGCCACCUUCUCCAACCCAAUUGCCUCCCUGCCUUCCACCUCAAUACCGCACCUCCUAGCGCCCUUCAAGUCCGCCAUGAGCAACUGGAAACUCCUCUGGGACGAAAUCAAGAGCGAGAGUUUAGACAAGGGAGAGUGGAACAAACUCGGUUUUCAGCGGACGGCGGAAGGCUAUUUCGAGACCGUCAAGGAGGUUGCGGAAGCGUUUGAGAAGAGGGGGGGGGGGAGCGGGGGAGGGGGGGGGAUCAAGGGGGAUUGUGAGAAGGGGUUGCAUUUGAAGCGAGUUUUGAGCUUUUAAAUGGAAGUGGAGGGGACCUUGAGUACACUGUUGGGGGAAAUGGUGGAAACAUUAUCAAUGGGUUGAUGGAGGAGGCGAUGGGAUACGUGGGACGGAAGGGAAGCAGAGACUAUCUGCUUGGAGUUAGGGGAAACAUACAUCUGGGAUGGGCUGGGUGCAUUGCAAGACAGACAGAAUACGGCUUCGGCGCAAUGAAUGAAUGGUACGUGUUACGUUUAUUCGAUACACAAAAUCAAUGGCGUUUGCAUGCUUUUGUUGAACCGUUUCUGUUUAAUUCUUUCUUUAUUUCUGC